AUGAGAAUUGGUGUGGAGAUUCCUCAAAGAGCUGAAGAGCCACCUUUUACAUCAAGGUGUUCCCGGCUGACUCUACUUUCUGCCACCCGUGAAGACGAAUCUCCAACUCUCAUCUUCUACCAGCCCCUGAAAGGCAGUGGAUCCAAAAUCCUAGUUAUGCCUCAGCAGGAAGAGGUCACAGCCCAUCAAUGCAGGGGACUAAUACUAAAGUGCCUCUGCCAUGGAGAAGUAUGGAAUCUAACAGAUGUUUUGGAAUUCUUUCUUCUGGAAUUCUCAGAAGACCCACACCUACAGCCUGUCCUCUUUGGGCUCUUCCUGUCCAUGUACCUGGUCACAGUGCUCGGGAACCUGCUCAUCAUCCUGGCCGUCAUCUCUGACUCCCACCUCCACACCCCCAUGUACUUCUUCCUCUCCAACCUGUCCUUGGCUGACAUCGGUUUCACCUCCUCUACAAUCCCAAAGUUGAUCGUGAACAUUCACACACACAGCAAAUCCAUCACCUAUGCAGGUUGUCUAACUCAGGUGUCCUUAUUUGCUCUUUUUGGAUGUUUGGACAGCCUGCUGCUGGCAGUGAUGGCCUAUGACCGCUUGGUGGCCAUCUGCCACCCUCUGCACUACCCAGUCAGCAUGAGCCCCCGCCUCUGUGGCUUGUUGGUCCUGGUGUCAUUUUCAUUCGGUCUUUUGGAUGCCCAGGUGCACGGCAUAAUGGCAUCACAACUUGCGUUCUGCUCAGGUGUAGAAAUCCCUCAUUUCUUUUGUGAAUUUCCUCAGCUCCUUAAGCUUGCCUGUCAUUAUAGAUCCACUAACAAUAUAUUAAUAUAUUUUCUUGGUGCCAUCUUUGGUGGUGCUCCAGUCUCAGGGAUCCUUUACUCUUAUACGCAAAUUAUUUCUUCCAUUCUAAGAGUCCCAUCAACAGGUGGGAAGUAUAAAGCCUUCUCCACCUGUAGCUCUCACCUGUUAGUUGUUUGCUUGUUUUAUGGAACAGGCCUUGCAGUGUACUUCAGCUCAGCUGUCUCACAUUCCCCGAAGAAGGAUAUGGUAACCUCAGUGAUGUACACAAUGGUCACCCCCAUGCUGAACCCCUUUAUCUACAGUUUGAAGAACAGGGACAUCAAGAGAGCCCUUUGGAAGCUCCUCAGCAGAAUGGCCUGA